CGCCGUCGAAAAGAAUCGAGCUCGCCUGUACACAGGCAGUACAAUAAGUAAUCUAGCCGUACAAAAUCAGUCUGUGGCGUAUCGAUCAACAUGGCGACCGGCAAAAGUCUGACUGCGUUCUUGGGUACGCGAAAUAUCGGCCUUUUCGCGAUACCAAAACAAUUCAACACCACGACAGUGAACACAGGAAGAGGAAAAGACUCGACUCGACACUUUUCCACACCUGCGACGGGUGUCGUCGUCUCUUGGUCACGUAUCAGGACUCCUAAAUACUCAGUGCCAUCUUCUGCCCCAAGUCACAGAAAAUUUCACCUGUCGAGUAGUUCAUUUUCUGCAAAAAGAAACUACUAUGAAGUUUUAGGAAUAUCUAGAAAUUCGUCAGUAAAAGAUAUCAAAAAAGCAUAUUAUCAACUAGCGAAAAAGUACCAUCCUGACACAAACAAAGAUGAUCCAAAUGCAGGAAAAAAGUUCCAAGAAGUUUCUGAAGCUUAUGAAGUACUCAGUGACGAAACAAAAAGAAAAGAAUAUGACACAUGGGGUUCAACCUCAGAACAAAUGGGAAUGGGAGGUGGUAAUCCUGGAGGCAGAAGUACCGAUAGGGAUAGAGAUUUCAACUGGCAAUUCAAGUCGACUAUAAAUCCUGAAGAUUUGUUCAGGAAAAUAUUUGGAGAUGCUGGUUUCAGGAGUGGAGGUUUUGGAGAUUUUGAUGAUUUUGCAGAAUCUAAAUAUGGAUUUGGUGCUGCACAAGAGGUUAUCAUGAACCUCACAUUUUCACAAGCAGCUCGAGGAGUUAAUAAAGAUAUCAAUCUCAAUGUAGUUGACACUUGCCCCAAAUGUAAAGGUAGCAGAUCAGAAUUAGGCUACAAAGCAACCAAAUGUCAUCAUUGUAAUGGAACUGGAAUGGAGACUAUUAGUACUGGACCAUUUGUCAUGCGUUCUACGUGUAGACAGUGCCAUGGUACAAGAGUGUACAUAAAAUAUCCCUGCCUUGAGUGUGAAGGAAAAGGCCAAUCUGUACAACGUAAACAAGUCACAGUGCCUGUACCUGCUGGUGUAGAAGAUGGGCAGACUGUAAGAAUGGCUGUAGGCAGUAAAGAAGUUUUCAUAACAUUCCGCGUAGAGAAGUCGAAGUACUUCCGUCGCGAUGGACCUGAUAUUCACACAGAUAAUGAAAUAAGCAUAGCUCAAGCUUGUCUUGGUGGUGCUUUACGUAUUGAAGGAGUUUAUGAAACUUUAAAUGUACAAAUAAGGCCAGGCACUUCCUCACACACAUUAAUAAGAUUGAAUAGUAAAGGCUUGAAAAAAGUUAAUACUGUUGGGUAUGGUGAUCAUUAUGUACAUAUUAAAAUCAAAGCACCACUCUCACUGAAUCAAAAACAACGUGCCCUUUUGCAAGCUUAUGCUGAAUUAGAAGACGAUACUCCAGGAUCGAUAAACGGCGUUACGACAAAAAAGGACGGCACGAAGCAUUGUUACGAACCUCCAUUCGACUUGCUACAAUCGAUACGAGAAGCUCUGAACGAAAAAGAACAAUCAUUGAUUAAAGAAUCAACUGAAUCCAAAGAAACCGAGGAUCCUUCUGAUAAACCAACUGAGCCGAAUAAUUCGGACGAUGAAGUGGAACAGCAUAAAAAAUCAAUGCCAUAAAACCAAUGAUUUUUUCCAAAGAAGCGUUCCAAAUAGGUACUUUAACGCGGAAUGUUUUUGAAAAUUAUGCAAAUCAAAAAAAAAAAAGAAACAAAUAUAAAAAGUAAAAUCACGAUUGUUAAAUAGAUUUUGUAUUUUAUAGAGUGCAACAUAUGGUUGACAAUUAUGUUUAGAAAUGAAUUUUAA